GUUCAUAAGUCUUCAUUUUAAUUAUCUAUAAGUCUGAUCGGUGAAGAAAAUAAUGUGGAAGCUUAAGCUGUCUAAAGGCGAAGAUGAUCCACAGGUUAGAAGCGUAAAUCACCACAUUGGUAGACAGUUUUGGGAAUUUGAUCCAAGCUCAGGGACUCAAGAGGAAAGAUCUGAAAUCGAGAACAUUCGUGAAGAAUUUACUAAAAACAAGAUGAAUGUGAAGCAUAGUUCUGAUCUUCUUAUGAGAUUCCAGUUUGCAAACAUGAAUCGUAGUGAAAUUGAAAAACCAGAAGUAGUGGAAAAAGAUGAUUUGAAGGAUGAAGUUUUGGUGAAAACGUUGAAGAAGGCAUUGAAGUUCUACUCAACUCUUCAAGGUGAGGAUGGAAGUUGGCCUUCUGAUUAUGGAGGUCCUCUGUUUCUUCUUCCUGGCCUGAUUAUUGGAUUGCAUGUGAUGGAGAAAAUGGAUGCCGUUCUAUCUGCAGAACACCAAAAGGAAAUACGUCGUUAUAUUUAUAAUCAUCAGAACGUUGACGGAGGAUGGGGUUUACACAUAGAAGGUCAUAGCACCAUGUUUUGUACGGCUUUGAACUAUGUAAGCCUAAGAUUGCUUGGAGAAACAAUGGAUGGUGGCCAAGGAGCCAUGACCAGAGCCAGAACUUGGAUUCUUCAUCAUGGAAGUCUCACACACGUACCCUCAUGGGGCAAAUUGUGGCUCUCAGUACUAGGAGUGUAUGAGUGGAGGGGAAACAACCCUUUGCCACCAGAAAUUUGGCUUCUCCCAUAUUGUCUUCCUUUACACCCAGGAAGAAUGUGGUGCCACACAAGGAUGGUAUACCUUCCAAUGUCGUAUUUAUAUGGAAAACGAUUUGUCAGUCCAAUCAGUUCGGUUGUUUUGUCACUAAGAAGAGAGUUGUACAAGACUGUUUAUCUCCAAGUUAACUGGGACUUGGCUAGAAAUCAAUGUGCCAAGGAAGAUUUGUAUUACCCUCAUCCCAGAAUACAAGACUUUCUAUGGAAUGGUUUGAAUAAUUUUGCUGAACCGCUUCUGAUGCAAUGGCCAUUCUCAAAGCUCAGAAAGAAAGCAUUGAACAUUGUGAUGCAACAUAUCCAUUAUGAGGACCAAAACUCUCACUAUAUUUGUAUUGGACCCGUUAACAAGGUGCUGAACAUGCUAUGCUGUUGGGUGGAGGAUCCAAACUCACCUGCAAAUAAACUACACCUCUCUAGGAUAAAAGACUAUCUUUGGAUAGCUGAAGAUGGCAUGAAGAUGCAGGGAUACAAUGGAUCACAAUUGUGGGAUGCAGUUUUUGCUGUUCAAGCAAUAUCAGCAACCAAUAUGGUGGAUGAAUAUGGUUCCAUGCUUUGGAAAGCACACAACUUUAUCAGAAACUCCCAAGUUCGGGAAAAUAGUUCUGGUGGUAAUAAUGAGUCAUGGUAUCGUCACUUAUCAAGGGGUGGAUGGCCAUUUUCUACUCCAGAUAACGGUUGGCCUGUAUCGGACUGCACUGCAGAAGCUCUCAAGACGGUAGUGAUGCUAGCACAAAUGCCAAAUCAUUUGGUUGGAGAAGCAAUAGCACCAGAAUGUUUAUAUGAUGCUGUUCAUUUGCUUCUUACUCUUCAGAAUGGAAAUGGCGGAUUUUCCUCGUAUGAGCUCAUGAGGUCCUACACAUGGUUAGAGGCGAUCAAUCCAGCUGAAACAUUUGGAGACAUCAUCAUCGAUUACCCGUACGUGGAGUGUACAUCGGCUGCGGUGCAAGGCUUAAGAUCUUUCACAAAACUGUAUCCGAACCACCGAAGGGCCGAAAUAGAAGCAUGCAUCAGUAAAGCCAUAUCAUUCAUCGAGAGCCUGCAACUGCCCGACGGUUCAUGGUAUGGAUCAUGGGGAAUUUGCUAUACUUAUGGAACAUGGUUUGGAAUAAAAGGAUUGGUUGCAGGAGGUAAGACAUAUGAAAGUAGCCAUAGCAUUAGAAAAGCUUGUGAAUUCUUGCUCUCAAAACAGCUUAAUUGUGGGGGUUGGGGAGAGAGCUACAUUUCUUGCCAACAGAAGGUGUACACAAAUAUCACAGGGAACAAAGCCCAUAUCACAAACACUUCUUGGGCAUUGCUAGCUCUGAUUGAAGCCGAACAGGCUAAGAGAGAUCAAAUGCCACUCCAUCUUGCUGCAAAAGUACUCGUAGAUCACCAAAUGGAAAACGGAGACUUUCCACAGCAGGAGAUUAUCGGGGUGUUUAACAAGAACUGUAUGAUAAGUUACUCGUCUUACAGAAACAUAUUUCCCAUUUGGGGUUUGGGAGAAUACCUUAACCGAGUAAUCUUGGAUAAAUCUCCCACUUGA